CGGUCCCGGCCCCGGCUUCGGCCUCAGCACCGCGCCCAGCCUUGCUGCGGUCCACAGACCCGCCAGCGACGCCCGCAGAGCUCCGGUUACCCGGGUUGGGGGCCAUGCCGUGCCGGAGGGAAGAGGAAGAGGAAGCCGGCGAGGAAGCGGAGGGGGAGGAAGAGGAGGAGGAGGAAGACAGCUUCCUCCUGCUGGAGCAGUCGGUGACGCAGGAUGGCUCGGGCGAGGUGGACCGGCUGGUGGCCCAGAUCGGCGAGACGCUGCAGCUGGAUGCGGCACCGGACAGCUCUGCCUCCCCGUACGCGCCCCCCGGGCCACCGCUGCAGCCCCCGCGGCCCCCGGCGGCGGUGCUGGCGUACAAGGCCCGGCACCCCAUUUUGCCGCUGCUUCUACCUCCCGCGCAGCCCGCGGCGGUGGGCCCUGCUCCCCCAGGGGCCCCUAGCUGCGUCCUCGGGGACCGUGGCCGCGUGCGAGGCUGGGCUGCCCCCUACUUUGUGGCCGAGCUCGCUGCAGGCCCCAGUGCCUUGUCCCCACUGCCCGCUCAGCCCAGCCUAGGUGGGCCUUCGAGAGCCGACAAGCGGGGCGCUCGCAAGCCGCUGUCGGGCCCGUGCCGGCGUGGAUGGCUACGGGGUGCCGCCGCCUCCCGCCGCCUGCAGCAGCGCCGCGGGCCCCUGCCGGAAGUCCGCACCGGCGACGAUGAUCCACACCGGCUCCUGCAGCAGCUAGUGCUCUCGGGGAACCUCAUCAAGGAGGCCGUGCGAAGGCUUCAUUCGCGACGGCGGCAGCUACACGCAAAGCUUCCCCCACGCCCGCUCCUAAGGCCUCUGACGGCCGCACUGCACAAGCCCCCUUCGCCCCGCAGCCCUCCCGCGGCCUGCAGCGACCCUGGAGCGACAGGAAGGAGAGCGCAGCUCAGAACUGGCGACGGCGUCCUUGUGCCUGGCAGCUAAUACCCCGGGGGUGGUUACUGCGCCAGCCUUUCCCGGGAGAAUAAGGGAUUCCCAAGAGGGCUGCAUCCCGCUCUACUCAGACCGGUGAACUCGCACUUUUGGAAGCAGGGAAACAAGCAAACUAAGACGAGGAAUCGAAAAAUCGCGAAUGGUUUCGCGGGGAACUGAGGGCAAGGGCCCCGACGUUGAAAAACAGGACUCAGUUGCCCUAUUUAAGGCAGAUUACAGAGCGCACCCCAAGCUCACAGCCGUUGGACUCCUUAUUUUUGACGCGACCAUUCUGGAGCCACCGCGUGCAACUCCGUGCAGCCUCUCCGGGCCCUCCAUACCGGUGACUAUGUGGCCACAGUUCAUGCCUGGCAGGAUCGCUGCUCGCCCUGAGCAGGCGGAGGAUCCCAGUUACUUGUUUUACCUUUUCAGAGUUGGUUCCUGAUUAACUUUGGGGGGAGGGGAACAUGAAUAGACGGAUCAUUUCAGAGAGUACCUCAAACUGCCAGACUUGAAAAUUUACGACACUUAAAAAAAAAAACAUUUUGUGUCUGUUGGGGUGCUGAUUCUUAAAACACCCGGUACCAUGAAAGGACCUUUUCUCUGCCCCCGCUUUGCAACUGGCUGCGGUUUUCCCAGUGGAGGGGAAAGCCGCGGUACGCCCAGGGUGGGAACCGGAGGUGGGGCAGGUGGUGAAGUGCUGGAGUCUCCUGAGGACACGCGCACCGCCGCCACCGCGGGUGCAGGGAGGCAGGCGGGGACGCGCUGGGCGCCGGUGCC